AUGGCAGAUUAUCCAGCUAUUCAAAAUGGAUUAAAUACUUAUAUGCCAUUUAUCUUGCUCAUCUCUGGAUCGAUUGGUAAUAUUCUCAAUUGUCUUAUUUUCACACGCUCUUCACUUCGAAAUAAACCAUGUUCGAUUUAUUUUCUAGCAAUGAGUAUUGCUAAUUUAAUAACGCUCUAUUUCAGUUGUCUCACACGUAUCUUACUUCUUUUUGGUAUUUAUGUACAACCGGGCUAUGGUGAUAUCUAUUGUAGGUUCCGAGUCUUUCUUACAUACAUGCCUUUAUCGGCAUCAUCAUGGUUCAUAGUCGCAGCAUGUGUUGAUCGAUAUGCAUCAAGUUCUGCUAGUGUUCGUAUACGUUCAUUUAGUCAGCUCAAAGUUUCCCUACGUAUCGUUUGUGGAACGUGGGUCAUGUUAUGUUUAAUAUGGAUGGAGAUGUUCAUCUGUUUCAACGGAAAUCUAAAUGGCACUGUGUGUGCGCCCGUGUCACCAUUUUGUAAUACAUACAAUAGCUUUAGUUUACUUGUUUUCUUUAGCCUUCUUCCACCAAUAUGUAUGCUUUUGUUUGGUGGUAUGACUAUCAGAAAUGUUCGGCAUCGACCAAUAAAUCGUGCGGCGAAUACAAAAGAUCGACAACUAGCUCUGAUGCUUAUUGUUCAAGUUGUGAUAUUUCAAAUUUUAUCACUACCGAUAUCGAUUCAAAGAAUUUAUUCAUAUAUUACAAUUAAUGAUAGCAAAACCCUACAGCGCAGACAAUUAGAAAGUCUUCUUAUUGAGAUUGUUAAUUUUGCAGCUUUCACCAACACCGUUGUAUCAUUUUAUUUAUUUACACUGACGGGAUCAUUAUUUCGAAAAGAAUUAAAGUCGUUACUUUUUUUCUCAAAAAGACGACAAGCAAAUAUCGAACCCCUACAAACAGGACAACGAAAAAUACAAAUUCAAACUGUUACUUCUCGACAGCCACAAGCAACAACACAUAUUUAA